CUUGGAAAUGAACUUCCCAUGCCUAUACUAUUCUAUCGGGAAUUACGGAUCAUCGAGCACCUAAAAGGCAUGGUGAGGGAGACUGGGUAUUAUGAUACAUUGGGCGUCAAUGUUGACGCCACUUAUUUUGAGAUAAGAAAGGCUUACUAUCUCAAGGCAACACAAGUUCACCCGGAUAAAAAUCCUGGAGAUCCCAAGGCUGCCGAAGAAUUUCGGGCACUUGGUGAAGCUUUCCAGGUUCUAAGCGAUCGUACCAUGCGUGCACGGUUUGGGAAGCAUGGAAAGCUAUGCAUAUCACAGGACUACUGGAUACACACUGAUACUACAUAUUGUAUUAUGUUCGGGAGUGAACGUUUUGAAGAUUAUAUUGGUCAAUUUGCUAUGAAUACUUUCUAUUCACUUCUUGAAAUGGAAGAAGAGACCCUGGAUCUUGAAGUUCGCAAGGAGAAGGCAAUAGAGAAGAUGGGAGCAUUCCGGAAGGAAAGGGAAGAAAAACUUAUAAAGUUUAUGAAAGAUCGCAUCCAACCAUUUGUUGAUGGUCGUAAGGAUGAGUUUGUGAAAUUGGUAGAUUCAGAAGCACGAACCCUCUCAACCGUUGCCUGUGGCGAGUAUAUGCUACAUUCAAUCGGCCAUGUUUACUGGGCGAAGGCCAGACAAGAGCUUGGAAAGAAGCGUGCGUUUGGUGGUUUAGACGGAUGGGUGGAGAAUAAAGGUCCCAGGGCAUACGAGAUGCGGCCACAAAUAGGAUCAGCUAAAGAGGCUGAACGUGUAGUUCUACAACAAGACAUGAUGGAGCCUGAGGACUUUGAAGAUCGCUUCCGGACGCGUAUUAUUCAAGAUUUAGAAGCUCCAACAUUUGGUAUACGAUGGGAUGCUGCUAUGCUUGAUCUUGUGAUAACUUUGUCAAAUGUCUCCCAUGCAAUAUUUAAAGAACCCACUGUGCCGGAGGAUGUUCUAAAGUUACGCGCUGAAGCGUUGGAGAUGUUCGGCAUGAUCUUCCAAGGUGCAACCGCUCCUUUCCUGAGAGAAGGCAGUCUCCGUAAUGAAGAUGAAGUAGAAUAUCCAGAUUCUGAUAUGGAUAUGUAAUUGAUCACCGUAAUUGCUUCAUGUACGUGCACAAUGUUAUGUGGGCAAAUUUGAAGGUUUUAGGUUGGGAUCUAGAAACACUUUGAUUGGGUCGAGAGAAUGUGAUUGUAGUAAAAUUAUACCAUUUUCUUAUAUAGUUGAUCUGCCUGGGUUGGUUUCUAUGUAUAUAUCAGAAGCACUACACAUGCGAUCGAUGCAUGUGAUGCAAGUGGCUAAUGGUAAUCAAAUCAGAAAAAAGAAAAAGAAAUGCGCAUGAGAAAGAAAA